AUGGCUCGUUCUGGAUGUUUUGGGCAGAGUCGAAGCGGACUGGCUCGUGGUGGGGACGAAGGAUGCGCUGUGGGUGGUUCAACCGCCCCCGCUCGUCUUCCCCGUGCAGCACGACACUCCCGUUCGCAGGCCUGGUUGGCUGCGCAAUCCAGCGGUUAA